AUGUUCUUUUCGACUGCGCUCUUCCAACACCAACCAGGGCUGUCUACGGUAUGGCUUCUAGCCACGGUCAACAAGUCGCUCCAUCGUCGAGAAGUGAUGGAGCUACAAAUCAACCACAUUUGCAAGGAAAUCUCGUCUCCAGCUCAUCCCAUGGCGUUACGACUGUCUUCACAGCUCAUGUACGGCACAGUUGUGGCCAUGCAUCGCCAGUCCUCCUCGCUACAAGCAGACGCAAUCAACUUGCGCAACAGACUCAGCUUUGCUCCUCUGGCUCCCAGAUCAAUUGACCUUCCCCAGAGACGUCCUGCCCGUCAGUCGCUGGUUCUGGAGGACGCGGCAGUUCUGGCCCCUCCGCCUCUGCCUGAGAUUGCAGGGGUGCCGAUUUCAGGUCUCUCGGAACUCAACCUGCCCGAGCUCAUUACACCUGAAAUAUCUUGGGCGUUCGACGACGAUGAUGAGCUCGGUGAUCUGGACAUGUCCUUCGACGACAACGGCUUGCUGACCGACAAUCUCAACAUUGACGACUUUGUGGUAGACGAUGAGCUAAACAUUGAUCUCAGCUCCGACUACGUUCCUCCAAGCGACCCAGGAGUCAUGACUCCUCGGACCCCUCGUUCUCCCCACACCCCCCUGCACAGCUCCCCGUUCAUGCGCCAUGAAAUCAUGCAAGUUGACGACCUGGCCACAAUCCAGGAAGCCACACAGACCCCGGCUGGGUCUCGAAGAAAACGAGUAAGGGCAGCUGUCAUGGACGAGGAAAUAUCGCUCAAGAUGGCAGAUAUCCGCAGCUUCAGAGACAAUUACCUGGAAAACAUGGAGUUACAGAAGCAAGACAGGCGGCCUCGACGCAAGCGACGAAAGGGCAAGUUUGGGCAAUGGAAGGAGUCCGUUUUGAACCAAUGCGAGAGUGAUCCAAUCUUACUGCUCGAAGACGAGAUCCGAGAGAUGCUUACCGAACCUGUCGCUCCCCGACGUCCCACCAGACCGAGUGCUGACGUUCCUGUCGAGCUGGAAACAGGUAGAGCAGGUACUUCUGCACAAAACACCCCUGCAAGCAUUGAAAUUGCACGACGAGGCUCUGCUGCCACAUCUCCUUGGAGUGACCAAGGAGAAGCUCGAAUUCUGGGGACAUCGGGCUUAUUUGGUUCUCGAAUGAGUGGGUCAGCCGGCGGCACCCCCGGGUCAGGAAGAGCUCGUCAUAGUCGUCGAGGAGGCGUGCACUCUAGAUCAGGAUCGUUUGGCGACAUUGAUUUCCUCGACGAGUAUCCCGACCCCUAUUUUCCAGACGAUAUUCCUGGCGAUGACGAGUACAACAUGUUGUCUGGAACGUCUAUUGCUGCUCACGAGGCCCAAGAGUUCCUGUUUCAUCUAAUGAGUGUAUGUCAGGGAAAGACGUCGUUCGAGGCAAUUCUUCCCUCUACUUCAUCGGAUGGUGUCCCUAACGAUCGGGCUACUGCUGCCACUUCGUUUGCCAAGGCCUUAGAUCUUGCCACAAAGGGGAUCAUCAAGCUAAGCGGAGGAGGCAAGCCGCAAAAUGUGUUUGUGGAAUUGACAUGA